CCCAAAAUUUGGAGAAGAAGUUUGCAGCAGCUGCUGGACAACCACCGUCAAUCCCCUGGCGCUCAAGGUCUCAAAGAAUGGAAAUGAGAGAAGAAAUGAGUAAGCUUGAGCCUGUUACGCGUUCUAGGCCUCUCUCAGUUGGAGAAUCUGAGUUUGGGCAUAUCGAAUUUGGUUCAUUUGGAGAUUCCACAUUGUGUUCUACUCCAGAAGUGCCUAGAUCAUACGUGGAAAAUGUGGAGAGGAAGAAGGGUCUUAAGCUGUUACCUGUUUCAGGUUCCCGAUCCAGAGCUAUAAAUGCUGAAGCAUCUGGAACUAGUUCGAAGACUCGCCCAUUUAGCAUUGGUUCUUCUUCGGAGAUGAAUAUGCUGAGAAAUUAUGACAAGACUUUGAUGGAUUGUGGAAAAGAGGACACAUUAAGGAAAGGAAGAGAAAAUAUCGAUUCUUUGGUCUCUGAUGUAAAAUUAUCAAAAGUUUUAUCAAGGGCAAAAUCUGUUAGAACAAUCAGAAAUAGUGGAUAUGUUGUGGAUGAAAUGAAAAGGGAGAAACCUUCAAGUCAAAUAGACGACAAGGUUGAAAUUACGCAUUACAAAUUUGAACUGGAUACAAUGGUGAAAAAAGGGGGCAAAAUAGAAGAGCUUGAAGACCCAUUAAUCAACACUGGAAACCAAGAUUUUAAUGGUGGGUGCCCUGCACCAAACUCGUCACUCCCUUACUCCAGCUCAUCACCGGCAAUCUGUUCAGAGGUCCAAACUCAACAAUGGGACAUAAACAAGAGGGUUGCUCCUAAAUAUCAGAAAGGAGGAAUACUAGACUUCGAUGAUCCUAGUGAGGUAGAGUGGGUUGCUUCCAAGUAUCAGAAAGGAGGAACACGAGACUUUGAUGACCCUAAUGAAGUAGAGAGUCAAGAAGGUUCGGGAAGUGAGUUUGACAUAAGCUCAGAUUCAGAGGAUGCUAGAACUUUCCUUGACGAUAAUUCAGAACUAGGAGGAAGUGAAGUUGACAGGAAAGCUGGUGAGUUUAUAGCAAAGUUUAGAGAGCAAAUUAGGCUUCAGAAGAUUGCACUUGCUAAAGGAAAUAGUGGUUGUUAGUUCCUAAUUGAGGUUGUCUUCACUCUGCAAAACAAACUUGCUGAUAUGUAGUUAGAACUUAGAAACGGACAUUUAUUUCCAUUUCUGCUGCCCUACACUCCUGUCUCCUUUCAAUUUGUUUACUGGUUAUCUGACUUUUCUAAUACUAACAGAUGCAUUGCUUUUGC